AUGGGAGCUACCCCUUUUCCCUCCUCCUUGCUCAAAGUUCGGUUAUCGAAACACUUCGACAAGCCGACGGAUAUGAGGUAUGACGGUACCCAAGACCCCCAGGAGCACCCGACGACCUUCAAGGCUAGGAUGAACCUCGAAGGCAUUAGAGACACAGUGAGGUGCCGUGCUUUCCCUGUGACGCUGGCAGGCCCUGCAAUCCAAUGGUUCAAUGCGCUUCCACAGAGGUCCAUUACGGCCUUCUCGGAUAUAACUCGUAGCUUUUUAGCGCAUUUCACCACGUGCAUCGCCAAAGCCAAGCACCCGAUCAACCUCCCGGGGGUCACCCAAAAAGCUAGGGAACCGACCAGGAAGUUCCUCGACAGGUUCAACGACGAGGGCCUAAAGAUUGACGGCUUGACCGACUCAGUGGCCAGCCUGUGUCUGACGAAUGAUCUGUUAAACAAAGAUUACAAGAAGCAUCUUACUACCAAGCCCGUAUGGACCAUGCAAGAGAUCCAGAACGUGGCAAGGGAAUUUAUCAAUGAUGAAGAGGUUAGCCAGGUGGUGGCGGCCAACAAACAGCAGCUGACCAACCUCCUCCCCGUCAUCCCGGGAACAAGGAGAAAACGAGAGAACUCCCCAAGGAGGGGGGAGAUCAGGAAAACCCUUCAAGCCUUUUCCUCGCGUGGGAAAGUUCACGAACUACACCCCCUUACGGCUCCCAUUAUUGAAGUUUACCAGCAGACUACGGACAAAAAAAUUCUGUCGAAUCCCCAGCAACUGAAAGCCGAACAGGCGGGAAUAGGAGCCUGUACUGUGACUACAACAAAGGUUUUGGCCACAAAACUCAAGGCUGCUUUGACUUGA